UACAGAAUUGAUCCUGGAUGUGAUGAGCAAUUAUGAACAAAUGUCUUACUUUUUUUUUGGUUACUUAACAAAGGGGAAGUGCGCGAGGGGAGGAUGUUUUUAUAACAGGAAUGAAACGAGGCCAUGAAUAAAGUUCUCUGCAGGGCUGAGCUGGAAAUCCCCCACCCGGACCCGGAGCGCCUCCUCUACGCACGCGGAAGGUUAAACAACUCCUCCACCCGAGCGGAGCAGCUCAGAUCAGAUCGCACUUCUCACACACACACAUCUCUCCAUCUCUCUCUCUCUAUCUUUCUCUUGCUCUCCUCGAAAAUGUCUCUUUAUCGGAAUAUUGUCGGCACGAGCGCGAUGGAUUACAGUUCGGACGGGCGCGCGCACAAGGCUGGGACGGCGGUCGACGAGCGUCUAGACAGCGGGCUGGACUCCCUGCGCGAGGACGAGGCCGAGGAUUACUGCGAGAGCGCGCGCGAGGAGCCCGUGAGCGACGAGUUCGCGAGGCUGAGUGUGGAAGAGGAGCGCUGGAGGACCGAGAUCACGGAAGACGGAGACACAUAUUUACAUCUGGCUGUCAUUCAUGAAGCCCAAGACAUGGCGCUGAAAAUGAUCGAGAUGUCCAUCAAGCACCCAUUCCUCAACCAACAGAACUACCAGAGACAGACGGCGCUGCACUUGGCCGUGAUCACAGAGCAGCCACUGGUGGUGGAGCGUCUGCUCAAGGCCGGCUGCAACCCCACAGUAGUGGAUAACAACGGCAACACGGCACUGCACAUCGCCUGCGGGAAAGGAUCGCUCACGUGUUUCGGGCUGCUCACCCAAAACUGCUCGGCAUUCCUGCCUUCCAUUCUGCAGACACCAAACUACAACGGUCAGAAAUGCUUACACGUGGUGGCUUUACACGGAUUUCUCUCGAUGGUGGAAAGCCUCAUCUGUUUUGGUGCAGAUAUUAAUGAACAGGAGCAGUGUAACGGAAGGACGGCUCUUCACUUAGCUGUGGACCUGCAAAACCUCGAGCUGGUGAAGCUUCUGAUUAGUAAAGGUGCAGAUGUGAACAGCUUGACGUACGGUGGUUACUCUGCAUAUCAUCUCACGCACGGACGCCAGAACGCCGACAUCCAGAAGGCGCUGCACGACGUCACGGAUCAGAGCCUGAGGGACCUGCCCGAGAGCGAGAGCGAGGACAGUGACGAUGAAUACGUAUACGACUACGACAGCUACGAGCUGCACUCUGAUGAAGAGUAUGAUGACAUUAAAGUGAUGGGGCAGGAGUAAACAAGUGUUUCUUUGCUGUGGCAAAGUCGAGAUGAUAAGAACCUCCGGUCCUGCAAAAGGGAGACGCAGGAUUUAAAACUCCAAGAGGAAAAAACAGAGAAAAGCGUGAACCUAAACUAGUCACGCAGCUGGAAGACUGGGGACACGAGAGGAACUGUGCAGGAAAAAAGAUCAGAGUAGCAAAUGGACUGUAAAAACAGAAGAGAUGCACUGUUGUAGGUCUGCACCGAAACUGGCCUUCAGUAUCAUCAAAAUCUAACAAUUUAAACACGUUUUAUGAUCUUAUCGUGAACUGCAUGUGUCCCUGACUGCAUAGAAAGUAUGGACGUCAAAAAUAAGGACACGGUGGACUGUGUAUUGAAUAUGGUGUUAGUGUGAUGGUGGACAUUUCCUGGUGUCUGGACUGAAGCUCCUCUCCUGCAGUGCUGUUGUAUUCAACUGUAAUAUAUUGUGUAUAGACAGAUUUAUUUUUAUAUGUGUACAUGUGUAUAGAUGUGUGUCCUGUUUUAUUCUGUUGGAAAUUCCGAAAUGGUCUGCUAAAUUAAAACUCCGUAAUUGCGCAGUA